AGAGAUGCACAGUGUGCUGCCAAAAAUACCACUGUACCUACUGUAUAACCAUUUGCAUGAGCUCUGGAGUCAUGUAGCUAAUCACAUGCGAAAUGCAGUUCAAGAAGAAGCAUCAGCAGCACCACCACCAUCUCCAGCAUCAGCAGCACCAUCCCCAGCAUCAGCACCUCCAUCCCCAGCUCCAUCUGACAAGUCAAGUCCAACAACUAGUCACCCAGGAACAACUACCAAAUCCAGAUGACAUGAUGGAAGUCACUCCAGCUAAGUCAGAUAGCAUGGAGAUCACCCCAACCACAGGAAUAUAUGACUCAGCGGCGAUGAAAAACAUUUUGCUGGCCUGUAAGUGGGUGGAGGAGAACAACACCAAUUUGCUGGGAAGAUUGAACUGCCAAAGAUCCUGA